GCAGGUAAAGCCUGAGGUUGUGUGUGCAGGUGGAGCAGCAGGAGGAGCUGCUGCUGCAGAGGAGAGAGGAGGAGCAGACGGCUGAGAGCAGAGUGGAGGAGGCCAGAGAGGAGGGGCAGCGGCUGCACGCCAUGAUCCAGGAGCUGUGUGAGCAGCAGGAGGCGCUGCAGCGUCAGAAGAACACCACAGUUUCUGCUCUGAGAGAAGAAGAGCUGAAAGUGAUCACAGUGCAGUCUGAACUCAACACACACCGAGCAGAGCUGAAGCAGGUCCUGGAGGAGCUGCUGUCAGAGCAGCAGGAGCUGGAGGACCUGAAGAACACACACACACACAGACUCCAGAGAGUCCACAGGAAGCAGGAGCAGCUGGACAGGACCAGGGAUGAGAGGGACAGACUGAGGGACGAGCUGGAGGGGACGCACGAGGAGGUGGAGAGGACAAAAGACGAGCUGGACAGAUUACAGGACAGAGUGGACAGGACGAGAGAGGAGCUGAGGGAGCUGCAGCAGGAGGUGGAGACUCACAGGACGGACACAGAGACUGUUGAGACGAGACGACAGCAGGCAGAGCUGCAGGAGGAGCUGAGCAGGAGCAGGGAGGAGAGGAGCAGCCUGCAGGAGGAGCUAAGCAGGAGCAGGGAGGAGAGGAGCAGCCUGCAGGAGGAGCUGAGCAGGAGCAGGGAGGAGAGGAGCAGCCUGCAGGAGGAGCUAAGCAGGAGCAGGGAGGAGAGGAGCAGCCUGCAGGAGGAGCUGAGCAGGAGCAGGGAGGAGAGGGGCCUCCUGCAGGAGCAGUGUAAACACCUGGAGAACAGACGGAGGCACGCUGACAGGAGUCUGUCAGCGUUGGAGGCUGAACUUACUACACAGAGAGAAGAGCUCAGUCACGCCCAAAGUGUCAGACAGGAAGUGAUCAGAGACACAGCAGCGGCUCAGCAGCAGCUAAAGGAGAAGUCAGAGCUGUUGUCUCUGCUCAGUGAACAGCUGGAGGACAGAAACAAACACCUGCACACUCUGGAACAGGAGCUGAACGUGUCCCGUCAGCUGCAGCAGCAGAGACAGGGACACCUGGAGGAGCUGGACAGACAGAUCGAAGACAAACAGGACGUUGAAGCUGCAGUGCGUCAGCUGGAGGACAGGGGGCGCCGUCUGAGCCAACAGCAGCUGCAGCUCAGUCAGUGUGACACUGAUUCAGCUCCACAUACUGAUCUGUGA